GGAAUAUAAAGAUUUCCCUGUAUAAUUUGUUAUUUUUUUAAAAACAUAAAUAAUUAAGAAGAUGAGAUUUCCUAUUAGAAAAUCAGCAGAAGAAUGGAAGAAGAUCCUUUGUUCUGAAAGAUAUAAAGUUCUUCGUGAAAAAUAUACAGAACCAGCAGGAUCAGGAGAAUAUGAUAGCCAUUACCCAUCAGAAGGAGUUUAUAUAUGUGCUGGAUGUGAAUCGCCAUUAUAUAAAGCAGAAACAAAGUUUAAAUCAGGAUGCGGUUGGCCAUCAUUUUAUGAAUCAAUAGAAAAUUCUGUUGAUAGAGUACCUGAUUUAUCUGGAGGAAGAGUCCGAACAGAAAUCCUUUGUAGUCAAUGUGGUGGACAUUUAGGCCAUGUGUUUAAAGGUGAAGGUUUUGAUGUACCUACAGAUGAACGACAUUGUGUAAAUAGUUUAUCCGUAAUUUAUAAGAAUAUUGAGAAAAAGAAUGUUUGAAUAGAGUUUUUUUAAAAAAAAAUAACUAAAAAACAUAUUUG